AUGACAUCGAAGUUUAUCUUAGCUUUUCUGUUCAUCUCUUCCUUCACUAUCCUCAUCGACGCCUGCCAUGGUGGACGCAGUUCGGUUAAGGCAUCUUCGGAUUCAGAUUCUUCGGCUAGCUCGGACAGUGAAGUCAUGGUAGAAGAAACGACACCAAUUAUGGAGCCGCCUCCAUCAGAUUCAAGCGAGACCGAUAAAGUAGAAGAUGAUCCUGUAUCAACAGAGACCGACGGAAGUAUGGAAGGAGGCAGUAUAGGUGGAGGAAGUAUUAAUGUAGGAAGCGUAGAAAUAGUGACCGGCAUGAUGGUUGAGGGUGGUAGCACGACUAUGAUGAUGCCAGAAGGGAUGAUGUAG